GCCAAACACCCCCUAAAUAUUUGUCACCAAAGCUCUUCCUCGCUUCCUCCUAACUGUGUUUCGGCGUCUUCCCCUCUCUGGGAGAGAGUUAUCGACAAGGGUUUAACAAACACUACCCCUCCUACUUUAGUCUGCGCAAAAUAACAAAAUUUCCCAAUUCACAUUCUCAAAACCACGACCCCAAUUUCUUGCCGAUUUCCAUUUCUGAUAAAGCGCUAGUAGCAGUAUAUGGCAGAGAAAGGAGGAAAAGGGUUCUCCCUGCCCAAGUCUUCUCUCAAAUCUCCCGCUCAUUUGAAAGGGAAGGAUGAUAGCCCAGCAAAGUCAAAGAAUGGGCGAAAAGUUCAGUUUGAUUCUGAAGAUUCACUAGAAUCCGAAAUCAACCUGUCGUCAAAAGCUGGUGGGAAGGGUGAUACCCCUUUUGGUAAAGGUGAUUGGGGAAAAGGGGGGAAAGGAGACAAGUUUGCAAAUGGUGGCAAGAGCUCAAUGCCAAAAGGAUCUUCCACUUCCGGGCAAAAAAAUGAGCAGGAACUUCCAAAGAACGCCAAAUGUCUGAUGGACUGUGAAGCAGCAGAUAUUUUACAAGGAAUCCAGGAGCAAAUGGUUGUACUAUCUGAAGAUCCAACAAUUAAAAUCCCAAUACCAUUUGAUAGGGGCCUCCAGUAUGCUAAGAAUGGUAGCCGUUAUACAGACCCUGAAUCUGUUCGACGAGUGCUUGAGCCUCUCAAAGCGCAUGGUGUUUCUGACAACGAGAUAUGCAUGAUUGCCAACAUAUGUCCAGAGUCUUUGGAUGAAGUUUUUGCUCUAAUCUCAUCCUUGAAGGGUAAGAAAAACAAGGUGACACAACCCCUCAAAGAUGCAUUGAGUGAAUUAACUAAACUUAAGCAAUCGACACGAAGUUCCAACUGAAGAGAUCCAUUAAACAUUGCAGGGUGUGGACAAGUUGCGGGCUAGGUAGAACAGAACCUGGUACUGUUUUAUGGAGGAACAUUUUAACAGACUACCUUAAUAGAGUUGGCGAUAACUGUUGGCAAUUUGUAGUUAUCCAUUUGUUAAGUACGAUUGGUGCACCUGGCAUGCCUUUUAACUUUUCUGUUGGGAUGCUCUUGGAACUGCUGUGAGAAUUAUUUAGUUGCUUUGUCCAAAGUGGUGUUAAUUUUUAUCGAGCAACUACGGAACGGUUAACAUCCCUAUUACUGCAGUGCAGACUCUAUUAAAUGUUAGUAUUAAUCUGCUUGUUCACUGCA